UUGUGCCUUCGACUUCAGGCCGCCGUCGACGUUGAUGAACGACAUGCGGAAUGUGAUCAGGGUGAUGAUGCAAAGACCGGCAACCGCCCACCGCGCCCGCACUAUAUAAGUACCCGCAGUGACGGGCGCGCGGUCCCUCCCUUCCACAGUCCACAACGGUCUUGACCUCGGUCACCGCACGCUCUUUUCCCGACACACUCCCUCAACGCUUACUGACGCCCACCGCCUCGCCAGACUAUCCCCCCAGUCAUCCCCCACAUCCAUCUCACUCACGACGACAAUGAUCGCUAGCACCCUUGCGCUUCUCUCGACUGCCCUGCUCGCCAGCGCGGGAGGCCUUAAGUCAACCGCCACGCAGACUCCUACUGAGGGGCAGGCCGGUGGCAACUGGACCCUCCAGGAGAGCGAGCACGGCUACAGCCUCGCGGGUUCGCAGCCCAUCGACCUCACCAUCUCCGCGACCGUUGAGGACGGCGAGCUGAAGAUGCUCUGCCCCUACCAGCUCACCGCCGUCCUCAUCCCCGCCGAGGGCGCCUCGUACACCGUCGAGUUCGUCAACGCGACCGACGGCCUGCCCGAGGGCACCGUCACCGGCGGGUGGAACACGACGGACGACCGCAGGGGCAUCCCGGAGUACGACGAGACGUUCACGAAGGUCAUCAACUCGAUCGGGCCGGGCAGAUUCGAUCUCGCGCUGGGCGAAGGCCGCAACGAACUCACCUGGUUCAACCAGUCCGACACCGCGCGGGGCUUCACCGAGUGGUUCCUUGUUCUCGACAGCGCGCAGGACGUUGACUGCUGAAUGUCAAGCGCCCUAUGGGUGUGAUAUAACGGGCGAUGCUGGUUAUCUGCUUUAGGUUGUGUUUGCGUCGGACAUCUGCCCUCCCCAGUGGACUUGCCUGUUUAUACCUUUGGUUUACAUAUCUGUAAUCCAACCUGUCUAUUGGUCUGCUCCAUGCUCGUCGGACGGCGAUUUCAUGGACACGGUGGACACGGAUCGCUCGGACUGUUCAGAGCUGCGCUAUUUGAGCCUCCAAUUGAUAUCGUUGUGUUACCGCAUCACUUGAGAUGUUGCCGCAUUCAGUCAUGACUC